AUGAGCGCACUCGGCGGGAUGCGGCGGAACGUGGAGGUGAAGGCGCGGCUGAGGGCGCGGGAGGAAGCGCUCGGGGCGGCCCUCAGGCUGCUGGGACAGGUGUGCCCCGGUGAGGGACAGGUGUGCCCCGGUGAGGGACAGGUGUGCCCCGGGGCGGGGCAGGUGUGCCCCGGGGCGGGGCAGGGCCCCGGUGAGGGACAGGAGCUGCCCCAGGUGUGCCCCGGGGCGGGCCAGGUGCUGCUCCAGACCGACACGUUCUUCCGGGUGCCGCGGGGGCGGCUCAAGCUGCGCAGGACGCAGGACGGUCGGGGGGAGCUGAUUUUCUACGAGCGCCCCGACAGCACCGGCCCCAAACUCUCGAGUUUCAGCAUCACCCCCACGGCCGACCCCGAGGGGCUGCAGGCGGUGCUGUCCCGGUCCCUCGGUGUCCUGGGCACGGUGCGCAAGGAGCGGCUCCUGCUGCUGCUGGGCCAGACGCGGCUGCACCUGGACCGGGUGCAGGGCCUUGGGGACUUCCUGGAGCUGGAGGUGGUGCUGCGGCCGGAGCAGAGCGAGCAGGACGGGCAGCGCGUGGCGCGGCGGCUGCUGCGGGAACUGGGGAUCCCGGAGGGAGAUCUGAUCUGCGGGGCCUACCUGGAUCUGCUGCUGGCGCGGGGACAGCGCGGGGACAGCGGGGACAGCGCCCCGUGCCACCCCUGAGAUGGGCGGGGACAGCGGGGACAGCGGGGACAGCGCCCGGUGCCACCCCUGAGAUGGGCACAGGGACAGCGGGGACAGCGCCCCGUGCCACCCCUGAGAUGGGCGGGGACAGCGGGGCUGAGGGGGGUUGUGUCAGGGAUGGGAUGUGUCCACCCCAUAAACACCCUGAAUCAUGUCCCACCCCAUAAACACUCUGUGCCCACCCUAUAAAUGCCUUGUGUCUUAUUCUGCCCCAUGGACACCCUGUGCCCACCCUAUAAACACCCUGUGCCCACCCCAUAAACACCCUGAAUCUUGUACCACCCCAUAAACACCCUGUGCCCGCCCCAUAAACACCCUGUGCCCCCAUAAACACACUGUACCCCCUACUGACACCUUAAACCCCUCCAGGGACACUUUGUGCCCUGUGCCCACCCCAUAAACACUUUGUGCCCACCCCAUAAACACACUGUGCCCACCCUAUAAAUGCCUUGUGUCUUAUUCUGCCCCAUGGACACCCUGUGCCCACCCCAUAAACACCCUGAAUCUUGUUCCACCCCAUAAACACCCUGUGCCCACCCCAUAAACACUUUGUGUAGUGUUCUGCCCCAUAAACACCCUGUGCCCACCCUAUAAACACCCUGAAUCAUGUACCACCCCAUAAACACCCUGUACCCACCCCACAAACACCCUGUGCCCACCCUAUAAACACUCUGUGCCCCUGUGGACAUCGUGUGCCUUGUCCCACCCCAUAAACCCUCUGUGCCCACCCCACAGACACCCCAGAAACCCCAUAACUGCCCCCAGGGCCCCCUUUGGUCACCAAUAAACUCUGAGCCCCCCGUG